CUGUUAUGGACAUGGUGAUCACGAAUUUGCAACAGCAGCGUCUUGUGACGGAGCAGCUGCGCCGCGAGGCCGCUCUGAAGCGGAUUACGGUGAGCAAGGCUGUCGAAGAUAUCAUGAAGUACAUCACCGAGCACGAACAAGAGGAUUGCUUGCUGGUGGGCUUCUCGUCGCAGAAGUCUAAUCCCUUUCGUGAGAAAAGCACCUGUAUCCUACUUUAAACCUGCAUGCUUGAAACGAGAAGAGCAACAUGAGUGAGAGAAUGUCACAUCUGUCUCCCUGUAAUUGCAUGAUGGUUCAAUGCAACGAUAAAAAUAUUCACGUUCGUAGGAUUUAAGCAAUUUUUAAAUUAUUCUAUGAUAAAUCUAAGAUUGUUGGAAGAGUGCGAAAUCAAAUUUUCUGCCUUAACGUUUGCUAUUAAGAGGAUGCAUUUUAUACAAAGUUCUCAAAUUAUAUAUAGAAUUUUAUACUAUAUAGCUAUAAAGGAAUUUUCACAUGCCUUAUUUUCCUAUAGUCUGAUAAAAACUUAUUAUAGUAGGUUCGAAUAAAACAAUAUAUUUUUAUAUAAUAAAAAGAAAUACUAUUAUACAUUCAUAUAUAUAUACUUAAAUUGUCAAAAUAAUUAUGAUUAAAUACCAAAAAUAAAAUCUCUCUUUAUCUUUCAAACUAGUAUUAUUAUAAGAAUUAAAAAUAAUAUAGUAAAAUAGUUUGACAAUAAUUUCAAACAACAGGAAAAGCAUAUGAAAAUUUUAUUAAAAAAUUAUAAUGAUACUAGUUUUUAAUCUGUGCUAAACAUAAUUUUCAUAGUAUACAUUGUACAUCAAUUGUGGAUCAGGUUCUAAGAUGCCUUUUUUAAGUGCCUAUAUGAAGUUAGUUUAAGAUUUGACAAUGUAAUACGAGUAUAUAUCUCCUAUUUUAUUAAAAGGAACAUGAUUCUGAUUUAUAUAACUUUAUGUAUUACAAUAUUUUAUCAAAUAAAAUGUAAAUCUGUAAAA